AUGGAGAUCAGGAUUAGGCACAUUGCAUUCGUCGUUAUCAUUUUCACAUUUUGUAAGUUAGAAAAUUCAAAUUAAAUUUUCUAAAUUCAUUUAAAUAUUUAUUGAUUGAUUCUUUAGGUCAAUAUGUUGAUUCACAAGGUCUGAAUGAUCCAAUCACACAAUAUAUCGAAGGACGAUUAGGAAAUCGAAGAAUUUUCUGGUGCCCAAGUGGAUACGGUAAGUUAUUUCUUCUUUGCCUCAAAAUAAAAAACAGUAUUAUGUUUGUUUCUUAUAAAUUUAAUAGGAUUAUUAUUUAUAAUUAGUUCUAAAAAUAAUUCAUUAAUAAAAUGAUUACAGGAUAUUUGGCAUUCUGCCCACAACCAACUGAUUGGGAUAAUUAUAAUUGGUGUUGCACAUGGCCAUAUUUAGGAUCAUGGAAACCUUCGUGUUGUCAAUUUGCUAUACCAACUGGUGCUAUGGUUGCUGUCAUUUUAGCUGCAAUUGUUUUAUUAAUUGGUAAACAUUUUUCAAAAAUUUUCUGUUUCUGAAAAAAUAAAUCAAACUUAAUUUUUUCAGUUUUGAUUGCUUUAUCAUGUUGGUGUUGUUAUUGUUGCCCAUUAUACAAACAACUCUACGAAUUCGAUGACGAAUGA